GAGGCGAACCGGCUGGAGCGGAAGGGGCGAGCGGGGUGCGAGCCGCCAUGGGAGUCCGGGCGUGAGCGGCCCGCGUCUUCCUCGUUCUCCUCUUCCUCCUCAUCUUUUUCCUGCCGUCGUCCCCUCGGCACCGCCCGGCGCGCCUGCAGGCAGGGGAAGGGGCACGGCAGAGCCCGCCCCCGUCGAGGGCAGCAGCAUGUUCCGGCUGAUGAGGGACGGGGAGCCAGAGGACCCCAUGUUCGCUAUGGACCCUUUUGCUAUUCACCGGCAGCACAUGAACCGCAUGCUUUCUGGAAGUUUCGGGUUUGGCCCGCUGCUUGGUAUCACUGAUGGGACCACUCCUGGGGCUCGCCAGGCUGGCCGGAGGAUGCAGGCAGGAGCUGUUUCACCAUUUGGGAUGCUGGGCAUGGCAGGUGGCUUUAUAGACAUGUUCGGCAUGAUGAACGACAUGAUUGGGAACAUGGAACAUAUGACAAGUGGUGCAAACUGCCAGACAUUUACCUCUUCAACUGUCAUCUCCUAUUCUAACCUGGGUGAUGGGCCCAAAGUCUAUCAGGAGACCUCAGAGAUGCGUUCAGCACCUGGCGGGAUCCGUGAGACUAGGCGGACUGUAAGGGACUCAGACAGUGGCUUGGAACAAAUGUCUAUUGGGCACCACAUCAGGGAGAGAGCGCACAUCAUGCAGCGAUCCCGGAACCAUCGUACAGGUGACCAGGAAGAGAGGCAGGACUACAUCAAUAUGGAUGAAAGUGAUGCAGCUGCAUUUGAUGAUGAGUGGAGGCGAGAGACAUCCCGCUUCCGGCCACAGCGAGGGCUGGAAUACCGGCGUCACGAAGGCAGCAGCCGCCGGGCUGAAGGGACUCGUCUUGCAAUCCAGGGCCCUGAGGAUUCUCCCUCCAGACAGUCCCGUCGAUAUGACUGGUGAAUGCAGAGCAGACCUUGUGGGGGGGUGCAACAUGGUCACCCCCAAAUCUACCUACACACUCUUGUACAGACAGUGAAACUCUGAAGCCCCUUCAAAGCACCACUUGGACCCUUCUCAAAUUUAGUAUUAACCUCCCUGCUACUUAAGAAUUGAAACAAAGCAACUAAUCUUCUGUAUUGCCUUUUUUUUUUUCUGCCCCAUUUGGGUGCUGCAGUGGUUCAUGGAGAAUCUCACUAAUGUGCAAGGAACACAUUAAUCGCCCAUUCCCUUUCUGCUCUCCUUUGGUUCUGUUCUUUCUGCCAGUAGUGGUGGGCAUGAGGAGCUGCCACCUUGCUGCUUCUGUCCUUUCCACUCUUUCUGUGGUGGGUUGGGCUGGUUAUGAAGUUUGUGUUUAGUCCCCUGUGAAAGAAAGAUGAGGGAAUCCUGCUAGACCCCUGUGUUAGUCCCCUCACCGGGACAAAGGCUUCUAUUCCGCUCCUGAAUUCUUGGUACAGCUACGGAGUAGCUGAAGGAUGUGUUCUAGAGAGGUGAGGAGCAGAACAAAAGCUGGAUAGCUUGUGCCCUCCCCUCCCCUACAUCUCUUCAGUUGGCUCCUCCACUUUUUUAAUUUGUGAAACUUGUAACUAGAUGUUUACUGAAUAAAGAAACAAACUGUA